CGUUUCCAUGGGAGACGCAAUGUAGGAAGUCAAUUCCAGAGCUCACCGUUCUUGUUUUGACAGCUCAAGCCUAACGUAAAAUUACACCUGCCUGCUUUUAUAUGCUCUCUUGUCUUUUCUCCUGUCGUUUCUGAGCAGUUUUCGAUUUAAAUAACCGACCCGACUGGCUGUAAACAUUCACACCACGGUCCGUGAAACUGCCAAGAUAGUAACAGUCCAAUGAGUCGCAGUCGAAACCCCCCUCCCCGGGGUCAAGGGGCAGCACGAGCCAAACAGAUGGGGCUGCUCCUUGACCUGUCCCCGGACGGAGGGAUGGAUGAUGACGGAAAUGAUGAAGAUCUGGAGGCAGAACUGCUGAAACUGGUGGGAGGAGGUGGAGGGAGAACGCAAGGGAAGAAAGGUGAUGGCAAAGCUCCUGUUCCCAUGGCAGAUAUAGAGCGAAUGGCAGCUCUGUGUAUGAAAGACCUGGAAGAUGAUGACAUGGAUGGUGAAGAUUUGGAUGAUGAUGAAGACCUGCUGGCAGAACUGAAUGAGGUUUUAGAGGAUGAUGAGGAUCACACUCCUGCUCCGACCCCUCCUGCCGUCACACCGACCGCUCCCAAAGCAGGCGUCACAUCCCGCCCUUCUCCUCCUGCUGCUCCCAGCGGUGCAACUGGGUUGGAGUCUCAUCUAUUGGAGCGCAUUGAUAUGUAUAAGACAGCCAUUUCGAAUGGAAAGGCUGCAGGGGAGACAAGCAAAGUUCGAAGAUAUGACCGAGGUUUGAAGACAUUGCAGUCCAUGUUGACAUCUUUCAAGAAAGGAAAGCCUGUCAAUGAGGAGGAGAUCCCGCCUCCAGUUGCUCUCGGCGGAAAGACCAACAUCCCAGCAGAGUCUGAAUCCAUCAAAGAACGAGAGCUGCCGGAGCUCGCCCUGAUACCCUCUCCUCCCACCAAUCAGAACCCUCUGAGGGAGGCGCCUCCUGCAGCUCCUAAUGCGAAACCUCUGCAUCUGACUGUGCCACAAAAGCCUAAUGCUGCCAUCACCCCGGGAACACCUGCCAUCUCUCCCCUCACCCCCUGCCAGCCCAACGCACAGCACUCAGAGCUGAAACAGGCAGUGCUGUCACGACAGAGGGAGUAUAAGAUUGCUGCCAUACACGCCAAACAGGGCGGAGACAUAGACCUGGCCAAACAGCACUACCAUAUUGCCAGGAAGAUGGACGUGCUGGUGGAGGCUCUGGACCGAGGUGAACCAGUUGACCUGAGCUCUCUACCGCCCCCCCCUGAAGACGUAGUGGCAGCCCAAAGUGCACCUCCUCCUCCUCAAUCUUCCUCUAAACCCGCUGCCCCCGCUGCCCCCGCUGCACCUGCUCCACCUGCUCCCACCCAGGUGGCCACUGCCGAUCUCCCUGCUCCCAGAAGUCUGGGGGAAGCCCUGCAGCAGAGGAUGGACAUUUACAAGUCAGCAGCAGAGGGAGCCAAGAGCAAAGGAGACGAUCGCAAGGCUCGCAUGCACCAGCGCAUCGUCAAGCAAUACCAGGAUGCCAUCAAAGCUCACAAAGCUGGACGUCCUGUCAGCUUGUCUGAUCUUCCUGUGCCACCAGGCUGUCCGCCACUUCAGGGCUCAGAGGGGAGUCAGCAGAACUUCAUGGGUGUCCUGGAAACGGCUAUGAGGAUAGCUAAUCAGGACACAGACGCUGAAGAUGAAGAAGAGGAUGGAAGAGAGGCUGCCAAGCCUCCACCUGUACAGAAAGCAAAGUCUCCAGCCCCUCAGACCCCUGGAGGAGGCUCCUCGGCUCUAAAACUGGGAACUAAAGCCCAGCAGCAAGUGGAUUUCCUGUUGCUACGGCGACAGGCUUUUAUGCGUGCAGCUCUGCGCUCCAAACAGAUGAAGGACAUGACGGGAGCAGCGCAGCACCUCCGACAUGCCAAGGGACUGGACCCCAUGAUCACUGCUGCCAAAUCAGGCCUGCCCGUCGAUAUCACCAAGAUUCCCAGUGCUCCAGUCAGCGAGGAUGACUACUCUCUGGCUCGCUCCCGCACCUCCCCUCUCUCCCCCCGCUCCAGUGAGCAGUACCAGGGCCUCAUGGAACUUUUAAAGAAGCAGCAUGAGAAAUGUCUGGGAUACUCUCAGCAGCUCAUACUGCUGGGCAAUGUGGCCGAAGCUCUGAAGUUUGAGAAGCUGGUUGAGGAGUGUAUGAAGAACAUUGAGAUAUUGAAGAACGCCCACGCCAAGGGCCAGCCAGUCCCCAAGUGCCGCACAGAGGAGAGGACCUUGAACACUGUCAAGAUCCACUCCAACCUGACACUCAAUGACCUGAUACUGUACAUCAACAAAGGCAUCAACCUCCCCGCUCCCUCAGGUGUCUCAGCCAGCGAUCUGGAUGCCAGUGUGAAGUUUGAGUUUCCUUUUCCAAGUGCCGAGGAGGCUCAGAGGGACAAAACGGGCACAGUAAAAAGCACCAGCAGCCCGGAGUUUAAAGAGACUUUCAAACUCAACAUCAACCGCACUCACCGAGGCUUCAAACGAGUCGUCCAGUCCAAAGGAAUCAAGUUUGAAAUCGUCCACAAGGGGGGCCUGUUUAAGACGGACAAAGUUAUAGGCACUGCUCAUCUGAAGUUAGAGACUCUAGAAAACCACUGUGACCUUAGAGAGAUUAUAGAGGUGAUGGAUGGACGUAAAGCUACAGGUGGCAAGUUGGAGGUGAGGGUGAAGAUCAGGGAGCCUUUAUCAGGAGUGGAUCUGCAGCCGGUGACGGAGAAGUGGCUGGUUCUCGAUCCUGUGUCCUCCCUUUCUCCUCCAGAGAGACAAAAGGAGCGGGCUCCAUCUCCUCGCUCUAAACCCAGACAUGAAGCGAGCAGCAGGAGCAGUCAGCCCAACAACUCUCCGCCGCAGUACAAACUCCACAGCUUCAGCAUCCUCAGCUACGACAGGGAGCGGCUGGAGAGAAAGGUUGGAGAGUACCGGAAGGCGCAACGGGAUCCCCCAGCCGACCUCGUCCAUCAACACAAGGAGCUCACACACAGACUGCAGUGGCAGAAAGCCCAGCUGGAGCGAGGCUCUUCUUCUCUACUCACAGACUAUGAAAAUGUGCUGCGACGCUCAGUCCAAGGAUAUGCUGAGUCUGUGAAGAAAUACUCCAGCCAAGGCAACAGGGACGCUGCCAAGGACGCACUUGGCCGGCUGAAGAUGGUCGAGAAUGAGCUGGAAUCCCUGAAAAGGAAACGCACAGGAUGAGAGGAGAGUGAGGGAGUGGAGGCUGGAGUACUGUUAUUUCAUCCCUCUCAUUCACACUCGUAUACAAACACUACAGCGAGUACUACAGCACCUUUAGCAUGAUUCUAUGCUGCUCAUGUCCUUGACAACCGCAUGAACCAACCGGAAAAAUUAAUCAUAUAACUUGUGUCACUUGUGGUUAGACGCCUGCAACGGAAAUUAAAAACUAAUCUGUACCUACAAAGGGACACAGAAAUUACAGCAAGCAUUAAAACGUGUUAACAGUUAAGGGAAAGGAGGAUUAUUUGCACUUAAAUACUAAAGAAAGCUCCUUGUAAAGCACGGCUUUACAGACAUUACCUGUGCCCUGUUAAUUGUUUCUUUUUUAAAUCUCAUUUUUCUGUAAAUUGUCAAUGAAGAGAUCUGUCAUAGGAUUUUUAGAUUUGGCAGCAGCCCCAGAGAGUAUGUUGGUGUCCGCAGAAGACCAAAAAAUAUGUGUGUAUGUGUGUGUGCUCUAACGUGUGUUUAACCAACAAACUGAGGUGUUCUUAACCCCUUUUCCCAUAUUUUAUGUGUGUAAUGAGCUUAAUCUAAUCUGUCUGCUCCAGUGUUCCCAGAUUACAGUAAUCUGCUCCGUUUGGAGUGGUGUGAUAUGGGAAUAAAAAAAACGGGGCUUCGGGGCGCCGCAGCCUACAUCCCAUAAUGAGGGAUUAGUGUUUGUGUCACCAAGGAGACGAAUAGAUCAGACGUAGAGUCGCCUUUAGGGCUGGGGAGAGGGGGGUGUUAGCAACGCACCAUGAAUGUAGUGAAAGCUGCAAAAGCUUCUUCUUCUGCUUUUUUAUCAGCCGUUUCUUCUUCACUGUCUUCACACAAAUUCCUUGGCAUUUAUUCAAAGAUUAUUUAGAGUCGCAAGUAAUAGCCCGCUCCAUUUGGAUUUUAUUCAAACUGUUAAACAAUAUUAAGCCCAUUAUGCCACCUAUUAGAAAAUAAUUAACAGCUGCUGCGUCAGUGUGUUGCUAUUUUCCACCAUUUUCUUUUUUGGCAUAUGCAGUUUGCUAAACAAGAUUUGUCCCACUGAGCUCUAAAGUGGCAGCACAGUGGAUGGUGAAUAGUCUGCAUACAGGAAUACAAUCCAAUAAGUGUCGGUGAGGCUGGGUUAUUGCUCAUUUCUAUUUCUGUUGCCCCAAAGACAUCCCUGUCAUAGGCAUCCUUGUCAUUCCUUUCCACUUUACCCUAAUUGGUACCGUGAAGUCAAGAUUCAGACGAACCCUGUAAAACUUAAUGAGAUGUGUGAUAAUUGCAGACACCUGGAAAUUAAUAAUUUUGCCACAACAACACCAGAUGUCAAAAUAUCUCUGCCAUGAAAAAGACAGAUGUUUCCUCCGUGUGUUUGACAACUUGCUAACUGUUGAUCCACGCUGAGCGCAUGCAGCCAGGAUGUAGCGGACUAUUUAAAUGAGCCUUACUGUAUGUUUUUAUUUGACUCUUCAUAGUGGAUAUCUGUAAACUCCACUAAUAGUUUUUCGGUCAAGUGACACCGCAGGAAUCAUGUGUUUACUGUAAUCCACCCACUGCCUCACCCCAUUAGCAAAUAAUCCUGGUCAAAGUUGACCUGAUAGGCCUCCAUAGUCUCUGUUGAUUUUUAUGUAAAACCCCAUCCCCCACGUUUUAUUUUAAUCUAUCAGGAGAGGAUAUCUUCUGAAGCUUUGUAAAUGCUUCGUUAUGCUUUUGAUCAGAGUUUAUUAGACGGACGGGGCAGUGGGAGGACAGUUGACUGCCUAAAGUCACAUGAUGGCAUUUAGUUUAAUAUGGACGUGGCUCUUAAAGCACGAUAGCAGUGUGGCUGCAACUUUUAUCAAAAUACUUUAUGCAGCACAGUUUCAGAGUUGAUAUAUUUUUCCAAGAGUCAGGCAUGUGUUUCCAUUUAUUUCAGUGCAGUACGAAAAUCAGUUAGCGUUAAUGGAAAUGAAUGGCUUUCUGAAACUGAAUAAUUAAAUUGCCAAACAAGUGAGAGUGCCUCUUACAAUGUUCUAAAACCCAAGGCUUCAAAUGUCUUGUUAUGUCAGAAUGAAACGAAAGACAGAUAUUACAUUUACUUUCACAUAAGACAAAAAAACUAUAUAUAUUAUCAGCAUAUAGAGUUUUUUGACUUGAAGUAUGACUUAAACGAUAACAAAUAUUGGAAUAAUUAACCAUCAAACUGUUUUAGACAGCAAAAGUAUUUAACACUUCUUAAACACAGCAACAUGUUUUUUUCUCUUAUAAUGAGCUGUGAUGUAAUUAUCUGUGGCUUGUAGUAAAUGGGCUAACAACCAGCAAUUUGGUCCUGCAACAGAAUUUUCUUUGGCAAUUAACAUAGUCAAGUAAAGCUAAAUGUGACCCGUAUCUCUGAUAUAAACCCCAGUUUGUAACUAUUUGCAUGUUUUAACGCCUUAACAGAAACUGCAGCUGAGCAGCAGCCCUUUCUUUCACUCUAAAACCUUUAACCCCAUGUCACCUCAAACACACACACACACACCUGCCACAUCAACCCACCCCACUCCAGUAACCUCAUGGCCUCUGAGGCUGGGUCUGUUGUCAGGGCAACAUGCACAUCAGCAUUCAGUGUGGUAGUUGGAUGUUCAGGACCCUUGCAGAGGGACAUUAUUGUUAAAGUUUGUCCUGCUGGUGACUCACACUCAUACCCCACACACUCCUUAUUUGUUGUGUUGGUUUGUUUGCUUUCUUCUCUGUUUGAUCCUACUCUGUGAUGCGGAUGCACUCCCGUUAAGAAAAGAAGAAAGUUUGGUGUCAUUUUCUGUUAAUAUUUCUGUCCUGAUUUGCUGCAGUAAAUGUAAUUAUCUGAGCUUGGGAAAAAUAUAUUCUUGAACUUAUUACCUUUUUUUUUAUCUGUUAAAUCAUGUAAGGGCAAUCAAUAUAAAUGUAAUAUUUGUAUACAGUAAAUAUACAGCAUAUUAUGCUCUGUCUCUAUUUUUACUUGUAAGUCUAGAUAGAAGAUGUGUGCAGAUUAAACGGGGGAAUGUAUGAAAGCCUGAUUAUUAAGGUUUUAUUAUCUUCUGAAUGAGGUUGGUGUUAACAUGAAUAAAAUGGUUAUACAGCA